AGGCUCUCCGUAGAUGGGCUCUGACCAAACCAACAUGGGAAACAUGGAACCAACCAUCAAGUUAUAGCCGCAGACAAAGUCCAUCUCGAACGCAACGUGUAGGCAAAGGGUUGCCACGGAAGGACUUUGACUUCGAACAUAAUGUAGAUUCCUUUUACAGGUCAACAAUGGCGAAGACCGAUGGAAGCUUCUAUUUCCAAAGAAGCGGACUUUUUUGGAUAGUAACUGUGACUCUGUCCAUGAGCUACUACACAUGGACUGUUUUUUGGUCUGAAGCUAUCCCAUAUGAACGCUUAGGCCCACUCGGUUCCUUGACAAAGUAUCUUGUGGAUAACCAUUACCCUCUUCUGCACUAUGGUUGGUGGCUUGCCUGGGCUAUACAUUUUUUUGAAGCAGUUGUUGCCAUGAAAAUAUGCAGUGAUAAAGGAGUGGGAAGCCUCAAAGCACGUUGCAUGUGGUUUGUACAGACAUUCCUGUUUGGGUUUGCCUCUCUCGGCUUGCUAAUUAAGUACAAGCCUGAUCAUUUAUCAAAGGAAGACUGACUCGCAUUGGAUGCUGUUGAAGAGUCUUUGUGAACAAAGCACUUCUGUACACCUCUACAAGUCAACAUAUAUUAUCUUUGGACUAAUACUACUAAUAAGAAGAAGAAGAAGAAGAAGAAGAAUGUUGAUGAUGGUGGUGAUAAUAAUUGGAGAAUUACCCUCAUAUUGUGAUUAAGCUUAUUGACAUACAACCUGUGUCAAUAAUUAGUAUUUUGCAUGUAUUAAGCAAUCAAUACAGAUUUUUGAAUACAUUUUUACAGUUUGACAACAUAAUGCUUGUGUCCUUAUUCAAGACCAGUGUGAUUUAUGAAGAAAGUGCAUACCUAUUUAUGUGAACAAACAAUGAAUUUCAUUAAAUGUGAACAACACUCUAUACUGUAUGUAACAUACAUGUUCUAUCUUAAAACAUUGUGAUGGUUCCCGAAAUAGAAAAUGAAUACGAACAAUUUAA